CAACGGGCAAGGGAUUGGGGGGGAAGUGACGUGAAGACACCAUCUUUACUUUCAAAACACACACACGCACACGUGGACAAACAUGGGCACUCACAUAGAUGUGAUGUCACAGCCGCCAUCUUACUUCCACAUAGUAGUAAAUGACAUCACAUGUGAUGUCAGUACUGUUAGUUUUCAUGUUUCCCGACAGGUUGAAGCGCGGGAAGUUUCCCAUAUAUAUAGAGGUGCUUGCACCUCAUUUACUCGCUCUCGCAAUGCCUCGACCUGUAAAGAUGUCCAGAAGAUGCAGAGAUGACCCUCAACCAUCAAUUUCAGCGCCUCCUUCAAAUGUGCCUCGGCGACGCCCUUUGCGCCAAUUGCCUUCUCCCCCCUCUUCCAGGUCAUCCACCUUUUUUGACUACUCCGAGGAGAGUGGGGAUGAGUGGCUCCCCAGGAGGUCGGAAGAACAGUAAGACCCCACAUUCGAAGUCAGUUCAGAUGAGGACUUGGACUACGUCGAACAACUGGACCUCACAGUGGAGAGUGACGAACCACUAUCCAUGUAUGUUGAAAAACUUAGGUCCGUGAAUGUCCCAGGGACAAACAGGUUCGUUUGGAGGAGGAAGGUUAACGUCCUGUUCCACCAUGGUUACCGAGGCGACCCAAGCGUCAAGGCGCCACUGGACGUUUCCAGUACGCCACUGGAGAUCUUAUCGUGUCUUUUCAUGGAAGAUUUUAAUUACAUCAUUGAGGAGACCAACUAGUAUGCUGUCGCCCACCCUCCUGCCACCUCCCCUCACAUACAGGCAGCAGGUCAUGGCAUACCUUGGGAUCUGUGUGAUAAUGGGGGUGUGGAAACCCUCCAAUUAAUGCGACUUCUGGCCGACCAGCUGUUGACCAGAAGAUUACAAUGUCGGCAUGAAAGGUGUUGACGUUGGUGAUCAGAUGGCCAGUUACUACCCAACGGCCUGCUGCUCCAAGGUCUGGUACAGGAGUGUCUUCUUUUUCCUCUACGUCAUGGCCAUUGUCAAUGCCUGGGCCAUCCAUUGUGCCCUGGGAUUGGAGGAAUCACAGAAGGCAUUCCAAGUUGGCCUCACCUCUGAGCUCAUGGGGCAGUUCAGAAAAGGGGCUGACUCUACUCCUCAUAGAGCUGUGCCGUGCCCAUCUACGGCCGCUCCUCCUCGUAAUCGAAUGCACUAUGUCUCUCAGAUACCUGGCAAGAGGAGGAGGUGCAGGGUGUGCUCUAGGCAUGGUCGCAAACAGAGCAGCAGGAACUACUCCGCAGACUGCAACGUUGGUUUAUGCACUUAUGGGUGUUUUGAAGAGUGGCACGCCACUUUGAGCUGUAAAAUGGGGCGUAAAACUGGAGCUUACGCUCUGAUUUGGUCGCCAACAGUGAGUGGAGUGUACAGGGGUCCCCUGAAGCGGCCAAUUGCUGCUAUAUUUGUUACCUGGAAAGUAGGGUGUAUGGCACUACGGAAGCACCUGUUGCAAGUGGGUUAA